CAGACUCACAGUGCGCUCCGGAGAGGAGGAACACACACACACACACACACUCUCUCUCUCUCUCUCUCACACACACACACACACACACACACACACAGUCCUCUCUGCUCCUGCCAAGCGCCUCUUCACAACACGGGAGGGAACAAGCUCCGGACUGCUUAUUUUGGACGAAGAGAAGAAGGAAAAUAACCCGACUGGAAGGAUAGUAAAUCUUUUUUACGGACUUUUCGUCAGGAGUUGUUGCGGUGUUUUCUCACACAGUGCCGUCCUGGCUGCAGAAGUCAUGCGUCCUGUCCGCGUCAAUGGUGUUCAGUACUGAGCGUCGCGUUUGUGGACCCUUCAGCCGGGAUGUAGCGGAGGACAGACCCACAUAAACCCGCGUUCUAUCGCCCUCUCUCUCAGCAGGAAUACAGUGACAGUAUCGAAGCUCAAGUCCAUUUCCAACGGCUGCUGUCGGUUUAUGGAAAGUGAAACUCUUCUCUGAAAGUCUGCUGACUUUAACAUUGAUGGUGGGUUGUCUUAUGAUGACCCCCGCCUGGAGGUCAUAGCUGACCCCUCUUAUUUCCCGCUACAUCACUGCCCCUCACCCCAAUGAUGACUAUGAGCUCUAUAUCGGACACUUUAGUCCCUCCCGAUCCGUCCAAGUCGGCGUUUUUGGAGUUCGGCGGCCACGGUUACCCCGGACACCAGCAGCCCUCCCCCGGCCUGUCCCACAGCCAUUACCCGGUGCACGGUCUGCACGCCGUCGGGCCCUCGCAGCACGACGGGCCCUUCUCCUCCGGGGCGUCCUCGUACGGUCGCCCGCUGGGAUACCCGCCCUAUCACAGCCCCGUGAGCGCGCACCACCCCGGGGCCUACCUGCCCUAUCAGCACGGGGGUCACGGCGGCGCGCUUGGACACACCAGACUGGAGGAUGCGGAACACGAGAAGCCCACGGCGGUGAUAGAGAACGGGGAGGUGAGGCUGAACGGGAAGGGAAAGAAGAUCCGGAAGCCUCGGACCAUUUACUCCAGCCUGCAGCUUCAGGCGCUCAACCAGCGCUUCCAGCAGACCCAGUACCUUGCCCUGCCCGAGAGGGCCGAUCUGGCGGCCAAACUGGGCCUGACGCAGACCCAGGUGAAAAUAUGGUUCCAAAACAAACGAUCCAAAUACAAGAAGAUCAUGAAGAACGGGCCCUGUGGACCUGAGGGAGACCACCUCGCGCCCCCACCGCCGUCCUCCUCCUCUCCGUGCUCCCUGUGGGACAUCAGCAUGGCCGCCAAAGGCGCACCGGUGCACUCUGGCGGAUACAUGAACAAUUUUGCUCACUGGUACCCCGGACACCAGCAGGACUCCAUGCCGAGGACUCAGAUGAUGUGACAGACGGGAGGUCACAACACUUCCAGGACAAACUAUGGAUUUAUUACCAGCAAGCUGACUGGAGCUGUUGUUAGGGACAUGGACAUUGGAACGAGUCUGAGCUGCUCUGGAGGCAAAAAUAAUAUAACUGGCAGAGAUCAGUCACAGUGAGCAGAUAUGUGGCUUAAGGCUGAAAAGGCAAGGGGAAAGCUAAAGCAUAUCAAAUUCUUACAGAGUACAGACAACUAAGAUAAUUAAGCAUUUUAAACAAAUUAUUACUUUGAAUUUACUUUGAUUUUAGUAUUCACAAAAUAUGUCAUCAGGACUGUCACCAUAGAACUGGGAUAGACCUGUCUACACGAUAGCACCAUUGCAACCCUAGCAUUAUAAAUAAACCAGUGAGACUGCUAAUGAGAUUCCAACUAGCUGUUCCCACAAAAACAUAAUUAGCUUGUAACUAGCUGUGCGUUUACAUCUCGAUAAGGAAUCAAAAAAAUAGUUCUCUCGAUGGCAGUAUGACAAGAGUUAGCAUAGUUAGCCUAGCAGGCUAUGCAAGGCUAAGCCAUGCUAGUCUAUAGCUAUGCAAGUUAACCAGUCUGUCUAGGAAUAUCCUGACCGCUACAAAAAAGAAAUAAUGGGGUUUUAUUUUUUUAUUUGUAGACUAUUCUUUCACUGUUUUACUGUUCAUUUAGCCAGUUAGCUAAUUUGAUUUUUAUAUAUUUGACUUCACCUAUAAAGAUUUAAAGUGAGGUUGUGCUAAACGUUUACUAAACGCCAGCCUUAGCCAUAAGUCACAGGAUAAUGGUGAAUCAGAGUUAGAGUAAGGCAGUCAGCAAACAGACUCCAUAAUGUCCUUUGCACAGCAAUAUCUAUGCAAAGUUUGUUUAUGUUGGCUAACAUUAGCCACCAUGAGCUACUGGUCAUCCCUGACUACGUAAUUGGCAACCAGUGUACUGAAAGGAGCAAGGGUUUGUUUAAUCGCUUAUGAAUUCAUUUUUUUGUUUCAUUGUCUCACUUUUUAAUGUGGCCAGUCAGGUUAUUUGUGUCUCCAGAGGAGCUCCGCCUGCAUGGACAUUUUUGAUAAAGCUACAACUCAAAACUAAUGUCAGCCCUGCACCUCUGUUUCUGGACAUUUCAGGGUUUUUUUUCUUGUCUUUUCAGUGGGUUAUGGUGGGGUGGGUACACGUGUAAAAACAAGGGUUGUUCAGGGUUUCUUCAUGGUUGUUCUUUAUGGAACUGUACUGAUAAAAAGGACAAAACCAGAGUUUGCUAAUCUUAAAAAACAGAUCAAAUUAAAUAACUAAAGAAAGACCUUUGAUUCUGACCAUAGUGUGUAUUUUAUCAAUUUUGACAUGGUGUAACACUAUAAAGGCUUUGUGUAGCAUAUAGACCUUUAAAGAGCCUUUAUGAAACAGAGGCACUGAUAAGGUAUAUGAACAAGCAGCCAUUUUAUGGUACGUAUAAUCCCCUUUUUUAAGAGUAUAAGGAAAAUAGUCACAGAAUGGACUACUUUAUUGUCAAAUUUUAUAUAUAUUUUUCAUAAUAAUAAAAGCUCUCAAAUUUAAGCUUCAGUUUAAAGAUGAAGCCAAAAUGAAAAUGCCAGAAAUGUAUUGGAAAGUCACAUGUAUAAAACAAAUUACACCAGGUCAUUCAAGACUAAUGUGCUGAUUUUGUCGCGCUCAUAAUUGAUUCUACUGACCAAAUUUAAAUAAUUAGGCCUACCACUCCAGCUAGUCAUUGUUCAGUUUUGUCGGAUUUUAGUCGGUUCGGAGUCUUUGGCGGCAAUGAGCUGCCAGAUGCAGAGACUUUGCCAUGCUACAUAACAGGGUUUCAUUAACUGCGGUUCUACACUGCUGAUUGUGAACAACAUUUCACUUUUAUUUUCUUUUUAUUCUCUGGUGGAUUUUAGUGAUGGUUGCUGUCAGUUUCACUUUGUUUUUCUGCUCCCCUCUUGAGAACUUCUGAAGUGGGAAACUCCUUAUGACCUGCAGUUUAUAGUCAUAUAUAUAAGCUGUGUUCCAUUGACUGGAAUUUAUUCAACAACCUCUUCAAAUAUUGAAUUUAUAUUUUGCCGAUAAUAUAUUGGCUUUGGGUCAGGUUGCGCUAUGUCAUUUGAAAUAAAUCAAACCCAGUGAUCAUUGCCACCCUA